UCAGAAGGCUGACAAUAAUCCAGGCAAUGCCAAAUUAAAGACUGGCACCAUUCCCAAGGCAAAGGCUGGCACCGGUGUUGGCAAUCCAGUUCGAAAACCUAUUGCUAUUCCCUGUGGUAUCAUGGUGAAGGCAGACCCCAAACCUGCCAUCCCCAAAAAGACGGCUGUUUUUCAUGAGCGUGAUAAGAAGGUGAAGGCAGACCCCAAACUUGCCAUCCCCAAAAAACCGGCUGUUUUUCAUAAUUGUGAUAAGAAGGUGAAGGCAGACCCCAAACCUGCCAUCCCCAAAAAGACGGCUGUUUUUCAUAAUCGUGAUAAGAAGGUGAAGGCAGUAACCAAACCUGCCAUUCCAAAGAAGACAGCUGAUACCGAGGUGAAAGCAUAUAGCGAGGAGAUCAAUGCGGCACACAGAACCUUGUGUCAUGAUUAUUGUAUUGAUACAGAUAAUCCGCUUGGUAAAGGUAGCUUUGGCGCUGUGUUUCCGGGGACCAGUAAAGCCGAUGGCAAACCGGUUGCUAUCAAGUUUGUGAAACGAAGGCAACCAAACCGUUACUUUAUCAUGCCUGGAUCUGGAAUGGUUCUCACAGAACUAGUAGUGUUGCACACAUUAAAGGAGGAUCCAAACCCUCAUGUGAUCAAACUUUAUGACAGCUAUGAGGAUCCGGAUUACUUCAUACUCGUCAUGGAGCGGCCUGAUCCUUGCAUGACCUUGAAUGAGUUUAUUAAACUUCAACGAGGUCUGCUGGAAUCAACAGCACGCAUCCUAAUGCGUCAGGCAGUCAUGGCUGUAAAACAUUGCUUUAAGCAUGAGACUUUUCAUACUGACCUCCACGCUGGCAACUUCCUCGUGGAUAAAAACAACAUGCUGCUGAAGCUGAUCGACUUUGGGUGCUGUGACCGAUUAAGAGACACGGCCUAUGCAUAUGAAGAGUAUUUGGGGGCACCGGCUUAUCGGCCACCUGAGGUCCGCAACAGGGGCAGAUACCACGCCAUGUCAAGCAGUGUCUGGUCUCUGGGAACUCUGCUCUAUUAUAUGGUUAAUGUAAACUUGCCCUUUCCCAAAUAUGGGCCAGUAACUGAAGGCAUGAUAAACCACGAGAAUGACUAUUUAACAAAGCGAAAAAACCCAUCAAAAUCCAUUUAAAGAAAAAUUACAACAUUUUUCCAGACAUUGGGGAAGAAGAUAAAGAGCCCCUUUUGUUCACUGCUUCGGUAGGAACAAAGUGGUAUCUUUCGUACCCUCCCCAGAGCUGAAUCCGGGGAAGGCCAGUGAUGAUCUGGUCAAUUCAGAGAUGAAGACCAGUUCCGGGAUGAAGGCUGAUGAUGAUAUUUCUCAUCCCGUGGCAAAGGCAGACUAUGAUCUGCUGAAUACUACAAAGCCUGAGGAUGUAUCGUCCACCCCCCAGCAUUACACUGGCACUUCUUCCGUCAGUAUUCCUCAGUUUGUCAUCCUGAGGGCAGAUACCAGUCUGAAUAUUGUGGAUUUUAGCGAAGACGAUUCAGUCGAUACUGUGCUGAAUGCUCGCACCAAUCCUGCCAAUCCCAAGCCAAAGAAGCCAACCUCAUCUACUAGCGAUGAGCUGCUUGGGGCGAUUGGCUUUACCAGCAGGAUGAACCCAAAAAGCCAUGAAUCUGAUGGCAAACAG